CUUAUUCAACUGGGUGAAAGGUGAGGAAGGUGAGGAAGACUGCAGGCUGUCAUUGUUCUGCUUCAGCACCGACACACACACACUCAGACCCGAACAGACCCGACCGGAACCGAACAGACCCGACCAUGCUGCAGAACACAGGGAAGUUAGCCGGCUGCACGCUCUUCAUCACCGGAGCUAGCCGCGGCAUCGGGAAAGCGAUCGCUCUGAAAGCUGCCAGAGAUGGCGCUAACAUCAUCAUCGCCGCCAAGACCGCCGAACCUCACCCCAAACUGCCGGGGACGAUCUACAGCGCCGCGCAGGAGGUGGAGGCGGCCGGUGGAAAGGCUCUGGCCUGCAUUGUUGAUAUCCGUGAUGAAAAGCAGGUCGGAGACGCCGUUCAGAAAGCCGUCGACAAGUUUGGAGGUAUCGACAUCCUGGUGAACAACGCCAGCGCCAUCAACCUGACGGGAACUCUGGAGACGCCGAUGAAGAAGGUCGACCUGAUGCUGGGGAUCAACAUGAGAGGAACAUACAUGACGUCUAAGAUGGUGAUUCCUCACCUGUUGAAGAGUCGCUCUCCUCACAUCUUGAACCUUUCUCCUCCUCUCAACCUGAACCCCAUCUGGUUCAAGAACCACACAGCGUACACGAUGGCUAAGUACGGCAUGUCCAUGUGUGUCCUGGGAAUGGCCGAAGAGUUCAGAGGUCAAAUAGCCGUCAACGCGCUCUGGCCCAAAACAGCGAUCCAGACGGCAGCCAUGGACAUGCUAGGCGGCUCAGACGUGGGUAAGCAGUGCCGCACCUCUGACAUCAUGGCGGACGCCGCCUACGCCAUCCUGUCCAAACCCAAGGACUUCACGGGUCACUUCGUGGUGGACGAGGACAUCCUGAGGGGGGAGGGGAUCCGAGACUUCGAGCAGUACGCCGUCGAACCGGGUCACCCGCUGCUGCCAGACUUCUUCCUCGAUGAAGCUCCAGAAAACCUGGCGAAGCAGAUGGAGCAACACGGGGCAACUCCAGCCUUCAAACCACCGUCAUCAUCAUCAUCGGCCUCCAGUGGACCAAUAGAAAACACGUUUGAUGUCAUCAGAAGCGUCAUCAACGAGGACGUCGUCAAGUCCACACAAGGCAUCUAUCAGUUCGACCUAUCAGGAGAACAUGAGGGCGUUUGGUUCCUGGACUUGAAGAGCGGUGCUGGCAGUGCAGGCCAGGGUCAGCCGUCCGUCAAGGCUGAUGUUAUCAUGGCGAUGGACUCCGGCGACUUUAGCAAGAUGUUUGCAGGGAAGCUGAAGCCCACCAUGGCGUUCAUGUCGGGGAAGCUGCGGAUCAAAGGAGACAUGACGCUCGCCAUCAAGCUGGAGAAGCUGAUGGGCCACAUGAGCAAGCUGUGAGCCGGAAGCCCCGCCCAUAUACCUCAAUGCCCCGCCCACCGAUCACCAGGUCCGCCCAUCGGCCUCCAGGCCCCGCCCACUGGCCUCCAGGCCCCGCCUUAACGCUGAAGCUGUACAUGUUGCCUUGAUGACAAUAAAACUACAUUAAUAAUAAAGUUGA